AUGUUUAAAAAAGGAAAUAAACAAAAUAUUUCAACACAACAAAGACCUUCAUUAGGUCGUUUUGCUGCACUUAUUAAUAAUUCAAUAGAAGAUACAGAUCAAGAUGAUUUUAUUCCGACAACACAAAACAGAUUUUCACAAGUUAAUACAAAUACAACGAAAAGAAAAUUAACAAAUUCAUUUACAAAUACCAAUACAAUUGAAAAGAAACGAACGAAAAAAACAAAUCUUUUUCAAGAUGUUGUAUCAACUACUACAUAUUCAACUUUAAAAGUAAAUCAUACAUCUCCACCUCCACCAUGGCUUAAUUUACCAAUAGAAAUAAUUCAACAUAUCUUUUCAUAUAUUCCAAUUAAACCCUUAAUAACACAAAUUGCUAGAGUAUGUCGAAAAUGGUAUACUGCAAUUCGAGAUGAAAAAUUUCUUCGAUGGGCUAAAAUUCAUUUACGUUAUGAAUAUGAAGAAACAACAACAUUAAAAAUGAUCGAUCGAAUGAUUAAUAAUUCCGAUAAUGUUCUUCAAAGUAUUCUUCAACGAGUGUCUGCCAUUAUGCUUGACAAUCCUAUUGAUGAGAAAACAAUACAAUUUAAAUUUCCAUUAUCAACACUUGUUCAACUUGAUAAACAACUACGAAAACAUUCAACAUAUCAAUAUGCUAUUGAUCUUUUAUCAAAAAAUAAACUUCAACAAGAAUUUCUAUUGACGACUUCAACUAAACAGAUUUAUAAUCCACUUUGUAUGACAACAGCUAUUUAUAUAUUAUCUAAUAAUAUUGAAUCUCUACGUAAAUUAUUUCAUCUUUGGAUGACAGUUUAUCAAUUAAAAUAUGAAACUAUACUGGAUUUCUUUUAUUUUAUUUUAACUUUAUUUACUGGUGCUACUCGUUUAUGCAAUCUUCAAUUUCGAUAUCCUUAUCGUUUAUAUUAUUGUCUGAAAGAAUAUGAAGAUCAAAUAUUAAUUAAAUUCAAUUCUAUUGCUCAACAUAUACUCAAUAUUGAUUCAUCUUAUACAAUUUAUUCAACAAUUUUAUCAAAAUUAUUAUUAACACCUGAACAAGAAAUAAUUGUAUGUCAUAAUUUAGAAAAUCGACAAACAAUGAAAAUAAAUGCAUAUGCUGGUACAGGUAAAACAACAACAUUAAUUGCUUAUGCAGCUAAACGAAUGGAUGAAUCCUUUCUUUAUAUAGCUUAUAAUAAAGCCAUUCAAACUUAUGCUGAAAAAGUUUUUCCACCUAAUGUCAAAUGUCAAACAAUACAUUCACUUGCUUAUGCUAAAAUUGGUCGUCAAUUUGAGGGUCAUCUUGGUAAUUUACGUGUAAAAAGUAUUGUUGAUAUUGUUAAUGAACGACCACUAAUUGGUGAAAAAGGUCGAACUAUUAAUUCUUUAUACAUUCGUGCUCGUUUUGUUUAUAAUGCAUUAAAUAAUUUUAUUGCUUCGGCUGAUCCACAAAUAACAGAUGAACAUAUUGAUAAUUCUUCAUCAUCAUCUUCAAGUGAAUCAACUAAUCAAUUAGUUUUGACACAUCAAGAAAAAAUGAAUUUAGCAGCUGAUGCUCGAUGUAUUUGGGCUAUUAUGAAAAAUGUUCGAGAUACACGAGUUUUGAUGACACAUGAUGGUUAUUUGAAAUUGUAUCAAUUAUCUAAACCUCAAAUUCAAUUAUAUGAUUGUUUAUUUGUUGACGAAGCUCAAGAUCUUACACCGGCUGUUACUGAUAUUAUUAAUAAUCAACGUGUUUCAAAAAUUCUUGUUGGUGAUAAACAUCAACAAAUAUAUGCAUUUCGUGGUGCUGUUAAUGCUAUGGCGAAAAUUGAAUCAACAGUUACUUAUUAUUUGACUAAAUCAUUUCGUUUUGGAUAUGAUAUAGCUUUUAUAUCAAAUCUUAUCCUUCAAAAAUUAUGUAAUGAAAAAAAAUAUCUCGUAGGAAAUAAUAAAUCAAGUUGUCUUGAUGGUCGAUCAGCAUCUAUUGAUAAAGUUACAAAUGAACAAAAAGCUUAUCUAUUUCGAACAAAUUAUAAUUUAUUUAAUUGUGCUGUACAACUUAUUAUUGAUAAAGGAUUGAAACAUGUCGGUUUUGUUGGAGGUAAACAAGCAAUGGGAUUUGACAAAAUUCUUGAUGUAUUCUUUCUUUGGCUUGAUCCUGAGGAACGACGAAAAAAAAAUUAUCAAAUAAAAGAUCCUCAAUUACAAUCGUUUUCUUCAUUUAAAACAUUGGAAAAAUUUUCACAAGAAGUUGCUGAUGGUGAAUUAUUAGGAAAAAUAAAACUUGUUCAAUUUCAUGAAAUCGUUCUUUCAACAGCACAUAAAGCAAAAGGAUUAGAAUUUCCUAUUGUUAUAUUAGCUGAUGAUUUUCUUCCACGUUCAAGUGAUUUACCACUUGAACAAAUAUCUCUUGAUGAACAUCGAGAAAAUUUAAAUAUACUUUAUGUUGCAGCAACACGUGCGACGAAAGAACUUAUUCUUAAUAUGGAUUUAUUUUAUUUGUUAUAUAAAAUGUGUCGGGAACCAAUUUAUGAUCUUUCGUUUUUGUCUAAUAUGGAGCAAUGUGCUAGUUGUGCGAUCGAAUCAGAUUCAAUGACAAGAGCAAUGAAUACAGAAAUUCUAUUCAAAAUGAAGCCUAUUCAAUUGUCAUGCAAUACAACAACAGCCGGUGAAUACUCUCCAUUACCAGUUUGUUUAAAACAUUUACCCGAAUCAUUUGUAUCAAUAGCACAACUAUAUCAAAAUCUUUAA